AUGAAGCAGGAGUUGGAGGGGCAAGUGCCUCGAGAGAAGCAGCAUCGGUUGGAGGAGCAAGUGCAUUGGACGAAGCAGGAGUUAAGGCACCUGGGCUUUGAGAAUGGGCCUGCUGAGAAUGGGCCUGCUGAGAAUGGGCCUGCUGAGAAUGGGCCUGCUGAGAAUGGGCCUGCUGAGAAUGGGUCUGCUGAGAAGCGGCUUUUUGAGAAGCGGCUUUUUGAGAAGCAGCUUUCUGAAGAUGAGCCUUUCGAGAAGCAGCCUUUUGAUAAGCAGAGGCUCUUUUCAUUCGCCUCGCGUGCAGCUCAAUGA